AUGGAGACCGAAGCUACAGCAGGUGGUGAGGUCUUCAAAGGUACUUUUGCUGUGAUGAGUGGUACUGUCGCACCGAAACACGGUGGCCUGGUGGACUCACAUGCUUGGACAGGAGGUGAACCUAGUCCUGAUUGGAGCAAGGUUCUAAUUGAUGAACCAAUGACACCUUACUGUUAUCACGCGCAGGGAUUUGAGAAAGGCCUCAAGAUCUACACUUCGCGAACAGGACAGGGUGAGAAAAGUGCAAAGUUGUUUGGUCGCUCUAGCAAGGACUACUCACUUUUGGCUUUCGCAACCGAUGCUCAAGAGCAUAUGGAGACGCAUGGGAUGGAUACGGUGUUCUACAUGAAGGACCCGUCAACGUCGGAAAUCAAAAACUUUCUCGACUUCCAUUCUCGUUUUACAAUCUCGCAAACCGAAGCUUGGAUUGACCUUGCAAGCAAGGAUGGAACUUUUGACAAGUACGACAAGAAAAACCUGAAGGAUUCCUGUACGUGGCUCAUGAACCACCUUGACUCGGAUUUGACCGCAAGUAUCCGUCCUUUUGUUCGUGGUGGGACUCUUACUGGGCCAACUGUCUGGAUGCGCAUUAUUGGAGAAGUGCAGUCGGAUUCUAUUCGACGCCUGAAGAAAGUGCAAGAAAAGUUGGAGACCCUCAAGUUGGCUUCUUUCAAGGGCGAAAAUGUUCGUGAGUUUGCACAGUCGUUCCUAGACUUGUGUAUUGAAUUGGAAAACGCGAAACAACUUCCCGAAGAUGUUCUACUUACCGUGGUUGAAGCUUUGUCGAAGUGUACUGUCGAAGAAUUUCGGAUCGACUUUAUGAGUAAGCGAUCCGCUGUCAAACGGUUCAUGCGAGAGACAGCCGGAAAGGAUUCUGCUACAAUUGCGAGGAUGUCGGACCGUCUUACCUACCGUGAUUUGUUCGACGAAGCUAAGUCGAAGUACACGUCGCUUCUCGAUAGUGGAUUAUGGGGGCCAGCUGGUGGGUCAGGUGACAAGUCUGGAGCCCCUGCUGGGUUUCUCACAAAAGCCGAAGUCAAUGUCCUUAUCCAAAAGGCUGUGUCAAGUGCCAAGAGUGGCGACAAAUCUGGUAUCACCUGCUACAAUUGCAAGGAAGUUGGGCAUUACUCUCGAGAUUGCAAGAACAAGCCUGCUGAUGGGAACGGAAACAGUUCAAAACCCAAGAAAUCCAAGGCAAGCUGGCGCACCGUCGCUCCAAAGUCUGGCAAAUCCGAAACCAAGACCAAAAAUAAACUUGAGUGGCACUGGUGUGCUCACUGCAAGGAAUGGCGUGUUGGACACGGCACCGCAACGCAUGACCACAAUUUCAAACCGAAAGAAGCAAGCGACGGAAAGAAAGGACCCCAAGCUAAUCUCGCCGCGACUGGUGAAUUGUUGGGUGGUGGCACUCUUUCAAUGAGCGCCGGAGCCGGAUUGUACAAGGAAUGGAUGGCAACAGAGGAAUGCGUGAUGUUACCAAUGUCGGUUGUUUCUAUGGUUCUCGGAGGGAGAGCCGAGUCUUUCGGAAGUCACAUUGUGACCCGAUGGUACUCAGCCUGGUAUGGAGGAGAGCGCGGUGAACAGCGAGCCGUUCGCGUUCGUGUACGGCGUCGUCGCCCCAAUCUCAAUUACCAUGGCCCUUGGAAAAUUCGUCCGCCUCCCACCCCCUUCUUUGCGACUGAAGUUCCCGUCAUUCCUAAAUUUUCGUGGGGUGCCGCCUUCGCUGCAGAGGGAGAGGAGAGACUGUGUCGUGAGCAAACGAGUGCGAGCGAAGUCGACAAAAAGUAUGCCCAACCGAUGGCGUUUCUGGGCAGUGCUUUGGACAGUACUUACUGGUUUUCGAGAGGGAGCCGGGACGAGUUGCUGCAAACUUUUGCCGUCAUAUGGGAUACCGGAGCAACCCUGACCGUCACCCCGCAUCGCGAUGAUUUUGUCAAGUUUGAAAGUCUCGCGAAAGGCCUCACUAUUGGGGGAGCCGGAGUGGUUGCUUGGAGUGUGGUCGCUGACAACGGUGACGUACUGACGAUUCGUACGCCUGCUUACUUGGUACCUGAAGCUGGGCAGCGUCUACUGAGCCCGCAAUCUUUUCUUCAGAGUCUGGUAAGUCAGGAUCUUUCGGGUUUGCGACCUUCAAUUUCAAUUGGACCUAAGGCGUUAACCGUUGAGAUGGGGGCGCAAUCCAAAUUAACGGUUCCAUAUGAUGAGGGCAAUAAUCUACCAACCAGUCAGAUGUUUUCGGUUGAGUCAUCGGAAGAAUCUACUGUGGAGUUGAAUAUGUGUGUGACCGACGAGGCAAAUCAGAACCUAAGUGCGAGUCAGAAAGAGUUGUUGCGCUGGCAUUAUCGUUUCGGUCAUCGGAAUUUCCAAGCCGUGCAAACAGUGUUGAAGUCGGGAGUCCUCGGACGGACCCCACUUAUCAUGGGAGCUUCUAAGUGUGAGCAUCCUAAGUGUGCGUCGUGCCAAUAUGGAAAAGGUCGACGCAGGGCAACUGGCGCUUCUAGUACGAAGUCAGUGCCGGCAAAAGAGGGAGCACUUAAGUCUAGUGACCUUUUUCCGGGCCAGCGUGUCUCUAUGGAUCAUUUUAAGGUGACUCACAAGGGAAGGCUGUACGAAUCGAAAGGAAAAUCAUCGGCGGACACUAUGUAUUCCGGUGGAUUGAUAUUUGUCGAUCAUGCAAGCAGUUAUGUGCACGUUGAACUUUGUGUGAACUUUACGGCUGGUGAGACUCUCCGGGCAAAGGCGUCGUUUGAACGCGCAAUGCUAGAUCAUGGGAUCACGGUUCAGAGCUACCAGACGGACAAUGGAGUUUUCGCAGCGAAGGAAUUUAUGUUAGAAAUUCACAACAUGCAACAGAGUAUUGGUUUCAGCGGCGUCGGCGCACAUCAUCAGAAUGGGGUUGCCGAGCGAUCAAUUGGAACUAUAAUGGCAAUGGCAAGGACGCUUAUGCUGCAUGCGGCUAUUCGGUGGCCGGAUGUGAGUGACGCCUGCUAUUGGCCUAUGGCAGUUGACUAUGCAGUCUAUCAGUACAAUCAUGGUCCUAAGUUGGUGACAAUGGCGGCUCCUAUAGAUUUAUUAUUGAAGACUAUGGUUCCCCGACACCGGUUGCAUGAUUUGCAUGUUUGGGGAUGCCCAGCAUAUGUUUUGGACCCGAAGUUGCAAGACGGACAGAAAAUUCCAAAGUGGAGCCCCCGUUCGAGAAGAGGAGUUUUUCUUGGGCUGUCGCGUAAGCAUUCGUCUACAGUACCACUGAUAUUGAAUUGCGAGACACUUACCAUUUCUCCGCAAUUUCAUGUUGUUUUUGACGACUGGUUCUCGAGCGUACUUUCUAUGUCUGCCGAGGAGCCGUUUGACCCUAAUGUAUGGACCGAAAUGUUUGUCGGUUCCCGAUACAAGUACUUUUUCGACGCGGACGAUCCGGUCGAACUUGACGCAGAGUGGUUGAGCGAGCGUGAAAAGGAAGUCCAAAAUAUUCGCGACCAAGAGGACCGGGUGCGACCACAGCUAGAUUUGCGAGACGGCGUGCCAAAGGGACCCAAAGUUGGUACUCACACAACCGAUCUAUCGUUCGAGAGGGAGAACAGAGCUACGGAUAUGCCGUUGCAGUUGCCUCCAACUACUCCAAUUGCCGUGUUGCCCACUACUGGAACUGAGGAAGAUCAAUUUCCCAUUUCUGAUCCGUCGGUGCCAGAAAGUCCUAGCAACCCCGCGCAGCCCACCUCCACCUGA